AUGCCUGGCAACGAAGUUGGUGAUAGAGUUCACAAUUUCUUUGCACAAGAUAAUUUGUCCCAAGGGCAGCACAACUCACAGGCUGCGGACGGAAAUUGGCCUGUUUUAAGUAACAGUUUGUGGCCAGGAAGCCAGAGGCAAGUUGGUUUCUUGAAUUCUGGUUCAAAAAGUUACAGUCUACAGCAAUCAGAUAGCGAGAGGGGGCCGGCUGGUAACCCUUUCCACGGAUCAAAUGGAUUGACCUUCACUCAAUCAACUACGAGACCUGAAUUUACUAAGAAUCAGUCUCAAAGCCAGCAACCAAACUUUAAUGGAUUCAUGUAUGGCAAUCAGUUUUACCAGAUGCGGCAGGAUGAAAGCAACUCUCCUGCAGUUGAUACUAACUCUGAUCAGCGCAAUCUAAGCCAAAGAACUAUAUCUGCCUAUGGAUCACAGCAAGUUGGUGGUGCUGAAAACCACGGAAAAUCUUCAGCUAGGGCGGAGACAUCCGGGCCUCCUGUGGGUUUUGACUUUUUUGGUGCCCCCCAACAGAUGAACCAUCAGCAGCUAAGCAUGCUGCAGUCUAUGCAGCAUCAGCCUUCUGGGCUGAAUGAUAUGCAGCAGCUGCAACAACAAGUCUUACUCAUGAAAAUGCAGGAACUUCAAAGGCAGCAGCAAUUUUCGCAGAUAGAUGCUCGUCAGAGUCUAAUGAAUUCCCCUUUUGCAAAGCAGGCAUCUGGAAGCCAAUCCCCAGCUUUGAUGAACGGAUCUCUGAAUUCUGAUGCAUUGAGUUAUCAGUUGCCAAAUGAUAUGGGUCAUUCAAAUUGGAUGCAGCGUAAUACAUUAGCAAUGCAAGGUUCCUCCAAUGGACUUGUUUUUUCUCCUAAUCAGGGCCUGGCACAGCGUAUGGUGGAUUUGGCUCCGCAACAGGUUGAACAAUCUCUUUAUGGGGUUCCUGUGUCUAACUCUAGGGGAAGUCUGAACCAAUAUCCUCACCUGGCAACAGAAAAACCAUCAGCUCAACAAAUGGCUAAUACGGGUGGUUUUCUUCCAGUUAAUCAAUACAAUGCAUUGCCUGGUCAAGGUAAGUUACAGGAUAAGGGGGGUACUAUGGGCAGGCAGAGGUAUCUUGCGGAAAAUUCUUUUCCGCAUGCAUCUGGCCCUGCUGUUAGUACUACAAUGGAUAUUGGGAAUGUGCAUCAAAUUAAUUCUAUCCAAAGAAAUGCAGAUAUGUCUAGUACCAGUGGAAGACAAGAACAGCCUGUUCUACAGAAUACCGUGCAGGAACCUGCAAAUGCACAAAAUAUUACUUCAAGGGAAGAUGUUGCGCUAGACCCAACAGAAGAGCGGAUUUUAUUUGGUUCCGAUGACAACAUUUGGGCUGCCUUUGGAAAGAGCACGACUAUGAGUGCUGAUGGAUCCAAUCUGUUUGACGGUGCAGGUUUGAGUGGCAUUUCUUCUAUUCAAAGUGGCUCAUGGAGUGCUCUUAUGCAAUCUGCUGUGGCAGAAACUUCUAGCAGUGAUAUGGGGUUACAAGAAGAGUGGAGUGGUCUAAAUUUUCAAAAUAUUGAUACUGCCUCUGGGAAUCAGCAUACUCCAGCUAAUGAUGGGAAGCAACAUCCUCAUUUGGCAGAUGAUAAUUCGCCAAUGGCAUCUUUUGGUUCUGGACCUGUUCCAACCCCUGGUGGGUCAAAUAUCAACAAGAACUAUCAGAAUAAUAUGGGUUUCCAGCAAUUUGGGCGCACAUUUUCAAAUGACUCCAGUCAAAGAGUUCCAGCAAGUACUUCUCAAGGACUUGAUUUAUUGUCUGACCAAGGUGGAAAGUGGUCAAAUGGUAUUCCAGGCCGGAAGUCUGUUGCUGAAGGGAGUCAAAUACCUGGAAAUUCAUCUCAUUCCCUCGAUGCUGAGACAAGUGGUUCUAGACAAUUAUACAACAAGCCCAAUGGUUGGAAUGCUUUUGGGACUGUGACACCAUAUGAAGAUGGAUCGUUAUCUGUUCAAGGGAGGGAAAGGUCAUUGCAACAUUCUGAAAACACGGAGCAAAAGCAGAUUAUGCAGAGAGAAGUGGUUGAAGGUGGAACCUUAUGGAAGUCUAGUCCUGGUCAAGAAUCAAGAGUUCAAUUGGAGCAGGUAAAAAUGUCCAGGGGAAGUUCCCUUAUGAAUAAAGAGGGAUUUAGUUUGAACGGUGCUGCUGUAUCAUCAGAUUCAAGUAAUAUUAAGGCUGCUGAGACAAGUAGCCAGUUUAUCUCAAACAAUCAUCAAUUAAAUUACUGGAAAAACGUUCAUUCAUCAGUUAAAUCUAAAGUAGAUGAAGUAGGAGGUUCACAGCAAGACAAAUUUGGUGCUAGUAUGCAGGAAGGUAAAGAGCAUGAGAUGGAGAAUAGUGAUAAGCAGGAAAAUUCCAAUGAUAGCUACCGCUCUAAUAUGUCACACCAUAAUUCAGCUGGAGGUGCAAAGGACAAUACUGGUUCUGAAGUUAUAGAAUCAAGAGCUCUGUCUACUGGCAAGCAGAAGUUAUCUAAUCAGAUUGCUAGGAAAAAUUCAUCUUCUCGAAAAUUUCAGUAUCAUCCCAUGGGAAAUUUGGAUGAUGAAGGUGAACAUGCUCAAGGAAUGAAGCAGCCAACCUUUCCACCUGCCAUGUCUCAUUUUGGCCAGUCCAAGUAUUUGGGGCAGGGACAAUCAAAUGAUAUGCAGAGGGGAACCAAAGGCUAUAAUGAGUCAAUGUCAACCAACUUCUCUGGAUCUAUCCCUAAUCAUUCUAUUCCCUUUAACAAAUCUGUGGAGAUGUUCUCACCAGACAAAGCUUCACAGUCAAGCCAAAAUAUGCUUGAACUGCUUCACAAGGUUGAUCAAUCAAAAGAGCAUGGUGCUUUGAUGCAUGGCGUUGCUUCUGAUCAGAAUGCAGCAGCUGACACCCUUCAGGGCGAAAAUUCAGAAGGGUCUAUUAGCCGUCUUCAACGAAGUCAGUCAUCUAAUUCUCAAGGCUUUGGUUUACAACUUGGCCCUCCGAUGCAGCGACCGCCAAUUGGAAACCAGUCCUUGUCUUCUCAUAGCCCCAUGCAAAUGGCAAGUUCUUCGCAAUCGAGCCAUGCUGUCGCUGAAAUCGGACAAAAGGGUCACGGUCAGUUGGUUCCCAUUUCUUCUAGUCAGUCUGUGCCUUCUUCCAGGGAGAGAUCCCAAGGAGAGAAUUAUAGGCCUGGUGUUUCAGUGCCGCCUGCCCACGUAACCUCUCUUUACAAAGUGCCUGGAAAUCUUUCAGCGUUUAAUUCUGGUUUCCCGCAUUCAAGGGGCCCACUUCAAAGUCAAGAGAUUGCUUGGGCUAGUGGACCUUUGUCAAGAUCUUUGGAUAAACAUGCCUCUGCACAGAAGGAUGAUCCUCAUGACAAACCUCCGGCUAGUCAAUCUAUGCAAACUUCUAUGCCUGAUGAGGCUCGGAGCACUCCUUAUGGUAAUUCUGUUUCUCCUGUUCCCCCCCAAAAUAGUGUAAACAUUCUUCCUGGAAGAGUAUUAGCCCAGCAAUUUCCAGCAGAGAGGCCUAUUCCUGUAUCUCAGCCUUCAUCCGUACCUAAUUAUCCUCUAGUAGGGACCUCAUCUAAACCGUUGCCUAAUAUGUGGACCCAUGUUCCAGCUCAUCAACAUUUAUUGGUUAAUGAGUUUCAGAAGGUAUCCUCGCAAAAUUCACAGUUGAAUCAGACAAAUGUUGCAAAUUCUACUUCUGCUUCUUUAGAUCAAGGUGACAAAGAUGGAAAGCGGGGGAAUAUCUCGUCUGAGUUUAGUGCAAAUGCUGCAAAUUCAGAGAAUAUUCGCUCCGAGGAAGAAAGGCAGGAAAACAGUGGCUUGCAAGAGUCUGCUGAAAAUGUUGACCCGGGUCCAAAGAUUAAAGAAUCACAGGGAAAAGAACCAGUUGUCAGAACUUCGUCAGAUGGAUCUCCUGCUAAUUCCCUUUCAACUCAGAGAGAUAUUGAAGCCUUUGGCCGAUCUUUGAAGCCAAAUAACAUGUUGCAGCAAAACUUUUCUUUGUUGAACCAAAUGCGCCCAACGAAAAAUGCGGAAGAUGAUCCAAGCAAUAGGGUUUUGAAAAGAAUGAAAGGUCCUGAUGGUCAAACUCCCGUAGAUCCCAACAUGCUAAACUUCUCAGGCGCUGAAACUAAUAUGGGAGCUAAUGCAUCUCAGCAUGGUAACCUAGCUGCUCAAGGAGUGCUUGCGUUUAGCCGGGAUGGUUCUCAUAGCAGCAGUACUACUACCUCCUCCAAAGUUGAUCAGUUGAAGAUUAGUCCUCAGAUGGUACCAUCGUGGUAUAAUCAAUUUGUAAACUUUAGAAACGGGCAGAUUGCGCCUAUGUAUGAUGCUAGGCAAGCUACAAUGCUUAGGACUGCAGAACAACCAUUUAAUUUUGGGAAAUCUCCUGCUAUAAUGCCUACCCUUAACUCGAUGGAGCCUUUGUCCACUGCUAAUGCUGUUGCGAAUCAAGGUAGGGAGGACACCGCAUCAGCAGCAGUUGAGCUUUAUCCUUCAAGUGCAAGUGAUCAGCAGCCAGUAAUAUUGAGGAGCAAUAAACGCAAAAGUUGCGCUUCUGAACUUGAUCCUUGGCACAAAGAAGUGUCGCAGGGCUCCAGAAUAUUCCACACCGUCAGUAUGGCUGAUGUAGAAUGGGCUAGAGCUUCAAAUCGUCUUAUUGAUAAGGUAGGAGACGAAGUUGAUUUGCUCGAAGAUGGAUCACUGAUGGUGCUAAAACCAAAAAGAAGGCUUAUAUUGACAACACAUCUUAUUCAAAAGUUGCUUCGUCCUCCAUCGGCUGCAUUCCUUUCUUUGGAUGCUAGUUUAGAUUAUGAGAGUGCUGUUUACUCUGUCUCUAGAUUAGCAUUGGGUGAUGCAUGUGCCAUGGUUACUUCCACAAGUAGCAAAUCCGAUAUCCCACUUGAUAGCUCGAACAGGCAUUCUAAUGAUUGCGGAACAUCAGAAAAAGUUGGGGACCAGCUUUUGUUGAAAACCAUUGAUGGUUUCAUGUCAAGAGCGAGAACGCUAGAGAAUGAGUUUACGCGCUUGGACAAGAGAGCAUCAGUAUUGGAUUUGAUAUUAGAAUGUCAAGAUCUGGAGAAGUUCUCUGUGAUUAAUCGUUUUGCUAAAUUCCAUGGACGAGGACAAGCAGAGAGCACUGAAGCCUCAUCUUCAUCAGAUGCAGCUUCUUAUACUCAGAAAUAUCUUCAGAGAUAUGUUACAGCACUUCCUUUGCCUAGGAAUCUUCCCACCAAAGUACAAUGUUGUUCAUUGUGA